UACGUACGCAAACAAACCUUGUCAACGUGACCAAGCCAUAGGACGCAUUUACGUGUCCUUGAGUAAUUUGAGAACUUUGUUUUGAAGCGUGUGUGUAGUAGUACAGACCGAAGCCUACCGAUUACUACAGCGGGAAACCAUGUUUGGAGCUCCGGUGAAGUUCGUGCUUGUAGCGGCGUGGUGGUCGGCAUGGGUUCUGAUCUGUUCGGCUCAAACCGAGGAGGAAAGGCGCCCUGACUACUGGAACAACCUGGCAUGGCAGGACAUACAGGAUGUUCUCCAACUCCAACCCAGGACGGGCGUGGCCAAGAACCUGGUGCUGUUUCUAGGCGACGGGAUGGGCGUGUCCACUGUGACGGCGGGGAGGAUCCUGAAGGGCCAGCUGGCGGGAAGGACGGGGGAGGAGGAGCUUCUGGAGAUGGACAAACUGCCGUACUCAGCUCUAGUCAAGACGUAUAACUUAGACCGUCAGACUGGGGACUCCGCGGCUACCGCAACAGCAUAUCUGGGAGGCGUGAAGGCAAACUACGAGACCCUGGGAGUGGACGGCAUGGUGGCCUAUGACGACUGUGCCGCGAGUCUAACUGGAAAAGUCACGUCCGUCCUUGAACACGCGCACGCUGCGGGGAAGUCCACCGGCAUCGUUGUGACGUCACGAAUCACCCACGCCACUCCCGCCGCAUCAUACGCCUAUGCAGCAAACAGGGCGUGGGAACAUGACGGCAAAGUCCCUACCGACGCACAAGCCCUUGGGUGCACCGAUAUCGCCCUACAACUUGUUCAGGACAACCCGUUUAUAAACGUCAUACUUGGCGGUGGGAGGGCCUAUUUCACCACUACCAACCAGUCGGAUCCGGAAUAUCCGGACCAAACCGGUUUCCGGACGGACGGCCGUGAUCUGAUCCAGGAGUGGCAGGACGGGAAACAAGGUGCCGCCGCGCGGUACGUCUGGAGGAAGGCGGAGUUCGACCAGGUCGAUCCGGCAGAGACGGACUUUCUCAUGGGCCUUUUCGAGCCAAGCCACAUGCAGUACUCCCUCGACACCGUGAACGACACAGCAGGGGAACCAACCAUCGCCGAGAUGACAACCAAGGCCCUUCAGAUCCUGACCAAAAAUCCCAAAGGUUUCUUCCUAUUGGUGGAGGGAUCCAAGAUUGACCUUGGCCACCAUGACAGCAAGGCAGCGCAUGCGCUACAUGACGUCAUAGCUUUUGAUGACGCCAUCGCCGUGGGAAAGAACAUGCUUGACCUUGAUGAAACCCUGAUAACUGUGACGGCAGACCACUCCCAUAUGUUUGGUUUCGGAGGGUACGCGCCCAGAGGAACACCUAUUUUGGGUAUUGUACCCGAAAGUGAUGACAACGACGUCCUGGAUGGCAUGCCAUUCACGAACAUCCUGUACGGAAACGGUCCUGGAUUUAGACAAGAAGGAAGACAGAACCUCACAGGAGUCAACACAGGAGAGGUGCCGCACCUCCCGUACCCAGCCCUGCACUGCCUCAGCUGGAAACCAACACACCUGGAGCGGGUUCACUCUCCUCAUCACCCUGCUUCUACUCAAAACUAUUAUCAUUAG